UUGGCUCUUUCUUGAAAAUCAACCCAUCAAGGUGAAUGAGUCAUAGGUGUGUCAAAUCUAUGCAACCUAAACGAAAUCAUAACAAACGACAUGAACCACACAAGUGGGUAUGUUCAGUUGCAUUUGAAUAUCAACAUGUUGUGUUUGGAUUGGAGGCAAAUACAUAUAUAUCUGAAUAGAUACAAGACAAGGAUUCAUGGCUAAAAAUAACAACAAAUAAAUUAUAAGGAGAUGUGAAAUUAAAGACACUGAGGAAGCUUUGCUUCUGUCCAUAGAAACCAGUUGCAGCUCAUUCUCUGUUCAAGGACAGGAAUGAUAAUAAUUUCUGAUCACCCACAUGGCAGAAAGAUAUAGAUUACGACACACCUAUGCUCCAUCUCGACAAAUAUACGCAAACAUGCCAGCCUUGCGAAUAGUCUUUCACAACUACCUAUCACAUGGUUUUGCUUCUCAUGCUUCCCCACACUGUGGGAACUACAUGAAAUGGGUUGUCUGGCCUUGUGAAUAUAUAUUCAACUUACUCUCUUUCCCAUCUACCCAUCACAAGAUUUUCUUUCAAUAUUCUAUAAUCUACAGCAGUCUUCCUGUAUUUCUUCGUUUGAAAUUUUUCCCUUGCAUAGUUUAACAAGAUGAUCAGUGCCAAGAAGCUACUGAAAUUGGCAAGAAAAUGGCAAAAGCUGGCUGCUAUCAAGCGAAAAAGAAUUACAUUGUCUCAAACCACUACAAGUAUUGAUUCAAACAGUUGUAGUACAUCACUGAUGGCAGAAAAAGGCCAUUUUGCAGUGUACUCUACAGAUCAAAAACGUUUUCUUCUUCCUUUAGAAUAUCUUAAUAAUGAAAUUAUCAGAGAGCUAUUCAACAUGGCAGAGGAAGAGUUUGGAUUGUCAAGCAACGGGCCUCUCACGCUACCAUGUGACGCAGAGCUUAUGGAAUAUGCAAUUGCUUUAAUCAAAAAGCAGGUUACUAGAGAUGUGGAGACUGCUUUCUUGAUGUCCAUAUCCAGCAGUUGUUCUUCACUGUCUUUCUCUCUCCAAGAUCCUGUAACAAGCCUUCAAUUGCCAAUUUGCAGUUUUUGAAGUGUUAUAGUUAGUAGAUCUGUAAACAAGCCAUACAAGUGUACAUUUAUACAAUUUACUGUUAGCCUCAAAAAUCUUUUUCAUACU